CUCUUGGUUUUUAAGAGGAAAAUAUAAUUGGCAGUUGUUUACAACCAGUUGUUGCUGAAGUGGAAAUUAUUCAUAAUAAGCUGACUAUUGUACUUGAAAAUGUAAAACUGUGUUUUCCAUGUUUUAUAUUAAACUUUGUUUCUUAAUAACCACAUGUCUGUUAGGAGAUUGUAGUCUACAUCCGUUAAUUAUGACAUUUGAUAAAUACUGGGUGGAAAAAAGUGAGGCCACACUUAAUCCUUCAGUCAUGCCUCCACAUUUAUACUAGAUGCCUGGGUGAUGGGUCUAGCACUUAGGGGCGGCAGACUUAUUCUUAACAGAAUUUUCUGAAGAUUUUAGGUCCCAGACACAGAACUAUAGUAGAACAUAUUCACUGUCUACUGUAAUAUGAGGGACCCCUCCAUCUUUUCCAAAUUUUGAUAAUUUUAUACUCAGAAACUGGGGAAUUUUUAAAAAGUACUUCAUUGUAUGACUCAUUUCUAACUACUAGCACUCCAAGUAACAUGUUAAUAGUGCAAAUAAAUAUUUGUAAAACUCACUGGUUUUGUGUUAGCUCUUAUUUCCUUUCUUGUGAAGGGAGGGAUACUCUGAAAAGUUAAAAAUAAUAUAAAAUAUGAAUAAUAUUCUCAAAAUGCCCAAAGAAUCUGUUUUUAGUUUUGUAGAAAUAACUGCAAAAUGUAAGGGGUAAAUGUUUUUCAUUACAUCUCAAAAGUGAUAGUGGCAAAUCACUUGACCACAGACAGUUGUCUGGAUGACAGUACACUGUUAGAAAUCUAAUAUUGGAGCUUGCAGUAAAGAAUUGGUAAAGCUUGUGACCAACCUUCGGUUCUUCUUUGUGGUUUCUGCACACUGCAUCAUUUGAACCGUUCUAGAUUAGCUUUUUGGCUGAAUCCCUAGCCACUAUAUAGCACUCUUGCUGCCUACACCCCCAGUUCCUUUUCAUCCAUUGCUGCUACAGCAUCACUAAAGGAAUGUUUCAGAUUGACUUUUCAGUUUUCAAUUUAUGGUUUGACUCAUUUUUGAUUUCCCCUUUCUGCUCUGAUUUGGCUUAUUAUGAUUCUGUCUCAGUUUGGCUGGACUAUGGCUUUGUUUUGUAGUCUAUGUGGUUUGGUCUGAUUUUCGCCAUUCACUUCCAGAUGGGUUCUUUUAUGGACUCCUCAGGGACAAAAAUGGACAGUACAGUGUUCCCUCACUUAUUGCUGGGGUUAGGUUCCAGGACCACCCGCAAUAAGUGAAAAUCCGUGAAGUAGGGACACUACAUUUAUUUUAAUAUUUAUACAUUAUUUUAGUAGUUAUACACUAUUUUAAGUCUUUAUCAACCAAUUGUGUGUUGAUAAAUCGCCUCCUUCUCUUCCUGUUGCCGCUUGGACUCCUUUUCUCUCCCUUUGGCUUCUCCUUCCUCCCUUCCUUAGGCUGCAAAUUGUAAUUUGUUAUGAUUUAUAAUAGUCAUUUAGAGUUAUUGUAAAACUGCAAAACAACGAAUCCGUGAAAAGUGAACUGCGAAGUAGUGAGGGAACACUGUAACCAUUUUGCAUCACUCUGUAGUCUAGAAGCUUUGUGAAGCCAUCCAUAGUAAUAGCUGAAUGCAAUCCAAUUGUCCCACAAUAAUGCACGAUGCCAGGCUUUUUGGCAACACCACAGGUUCUUGCACAAAUGAGGUGGUCAGUGGUAUCACAUCUACUCUGACGUCCUCAGACCUCACUAGUUUGGUUGGAUGAAGAAAGAAAAGCCUUUGAGGAUGGCACUUCAAAAAUUUAGACAAAAUGGAAGACGCUAUGAAACAAUAGACUAGGGAAGGUCUGAACAAGUUUUCCAAAGUAGAUUUGAUGAUUGGGUUCAAAGAUUGCACAACUGAAUUGCAACUGGUCAAGACUAAUGUGAACAGUUUCAUGUUGUAGACAAACCAUUAUGUUAUAUGAAGUUGGACAUGUCUCAUAGUUAAUAAAGUAGUUAUGACCUGGCAGUCAAUACUUUCAUAAAAACUAGGUUGUAAGCUGAAAUCUUAUAGCAUGCAAAUACUAUACUUACUUGCAACAGUCCUUAAACAUUCUCAGAAAUAAGGUCUUGUUCUGCUUUUUGAAAGAAAGAAUGAAUUGUGACAUAACCUUCCAGGAUUUGAAAACUUCCAGUCCAUAACCAUUAAUAUUUAACAAGAAACGGAAGGGGUAGCAAGAUGUCUAAAUUCAAAAUAGAUGUAAAUUUUCUCUAGAUGAAAAAUAACCUCACAAAAAAGAGCACAUAGUAGGACCUUAUUGGAUCUUUUUUUAAAAACCACAACAGUAGCAUUUUAUGACACGUUUCCCUAGCAGCUAAGUAAAUGAUCUUGGAUUAUAUGCGUUUUCCAUUUAUUUCUAAGUAAUUUUUGAAUGAACUAAAUGAGUCGAUUCCUUUUUGCUGAUGGAAUUUGGAAUUUCUGGACAUGCUAAUGGAGAACAGACUAAAAGGAUUAGCCCAAUACCCUUGACAUCCUGCAUCUUCUUGGCAGUUUUCCUCGCUACAAGUCUAGCAGCAUGGAUGUUUGGGUUGUUGCCCCAGAUAAAACACAAUAGCUUUCCCAAAUGUGUCUUAUAACUAAGGAAUCUGCAUAUUUUUGCUUUUUAUAUGUAGCUACCUUUAAUUUAUACUUGCCCUAUGUUCCUUCACCCCAUCCCCCUACAUCAUAUCAAAGAGAAUUCGGAUUUGUCGGAUUCUCACCGCAUUGAAUUGUGGAAGAUGCAGAGACAACACGGUUAUCCAGGGUUAAAAAUUCAAGUCAGACUGAACCUUUCUCUGAAUAUGCCAUCAAACAGUGCUUCUCAUGCUAUCUAAUGUGAGGGACAGACACUUUUCUUCCCAGUGUGAACAUAUUUGUGUCCAUUGGCUACAGCCAUUUUUUUUCUUUCCUAUAAACUUCCCAGGGACUGGCAGCCAGUAGCUCAAAGACUAUCACUGGUUUGGUGAUCAUCAUUUUGAGCAGCCCUAAUAAAAGUCCCAAGAGAAAGUUGAUCUUUGAUUUGGUUAGGUGAAAUACCUUCCCCUCCACAAUGUUUCAGGGCACUCAGAAGAGGGGGAAACAUCAGACAGUGAUGCAUACUGACUGUGACUUUAUUAUUAAUAAUAAUCUUCUGCCUGUGACCCUUAUAGUUACCUACAAGACACUACAAUUUUAACUCAGCUGACAUGGUGGUUCAAAAGAAAAGAAAAGGCAAAACUGAGCAUCAUUUGAACAUGGGAAGGUGGCAGAACUUGGUUCAAAUUUUGCAUUUUGUUUGGAAAGAGUAAUAUAAGCAAGCAACUAUUAUACUAAUUGUGAAUGCAGUUUGAUAAAGUUUUAAAGAUGGUGUUGUGGUUUUUCGCUUUGAACAUUUUUGUAUGGAUUUUAACUUAAUUUUUAAUACCGUUGAUGUCUAAUAAACAUGUUGACAACAACAACUAAUGCUAAAAUAUUGCAGUUCAGCACUGGCAUGAUGAUAGUGAAUAGCCUAUUUAUGUUAAUCCCUUUUCUAGGCAAAGAUAGCCUAGAGCCGUCUGUACAUUUAUGCAAUAACAAUUUGAUUUAAGUAUUUUAAUGUCACAAAAUUUAUUGUUGAUUUCAGCAUUAUAGUUUAAAUCAGCAUGGUUGAAAUUUUCUCUUUUUGUACGUUUUCCCUGAUUUCUUUGAAAUUCUGUUAUAUUAGUUAACAAGAUAUUUGGUGUCAUUUCCCAGAUAAUUAAAAUGAUGGCUACAUGUUAUAAAAUUAAUUUAUACCUCUUAUUGUUUGCAAUAUAAUUGAUUACAUUAUAUCAUAUUUGAGGGUUGUGCAUGAGUGAAGUGGGGCCUGUCUUUCUUUUAGCAGAGGAGGAAUGGUUUAGCUGUAUUUGGUUGUCGAACUGUAAAGAUAAAGGGUGUUCCAUAGAAACCAAGUAGUUUCCUUUAUACUUGUCUGAAAAUUAUUCAAGAGCUAGAUAACUGAUUUUCUCAUGAAUUUUGCUACAUUGUAGUUUACUGCACCAUUUAUAGUUGGGUGUAGCAGAUACAAAAGAGAAAAGCUUUGUAACCUGGAUGCAUCUUCGCCAUUGAAAUUAAUUGUAUUAUUAGACAAACUGCUUCAGCAGCUGGCAAAACAGCAGGAACACGUCAAUUCUGCUUCCUUGGUUACAGGGAGUGAUAGUGUACUUGACCUUCAGAGGAACAGGGUCACAGAGAGGGCAUUUUAAAACAAUUCUGUCUGGUUUUGUGAUUGGAAUUUUUAUAAGUGGAGUUCGGAUACAAGCCUUUUGACUAGACUAAAACUGACCUCUUCAUUUUUCUUGGAUUAUUUUGACCAAAGAUCUUUGCUGAGGAAAAAUGUAAAUAAAGCUGCAGAAGGAUUUGACACUGUUCAAACUUUACAGACAGCAUUAUCUGAAUCUCCCGUGAUGACCAGCCCUUCCCAACGCAUCCAGAUUAUUUCCACAGAUUCCUCAGUGACUUCACCACAACGCAUUCAGAUUGUCACAGAUCAGCAAACAGGGCAAAAAAUCCAAAUAGUGACAGCAGUGGACUCAUCAGUAUCUCCAAAGCAACAAUUUAUAUUGGCUAGCCCAGAUGGAACGGGGACAGGAAAAGUGAUAUUGGCUACGCCUGAGACUUCAAAUACCAAGCAGCUUAUCUUUACCACCACAGAUAACAUUGUGCCAGGCAGAAUACAGAUUGUGACUGACUCGGCCUCUGUUGAACGUUUGUUGGCUAAAACGGAUGUCCAGCGACCACAAGUUGUAGAAUACUGUGUUGUGUGUGGAGACAAAGCAUCAGGUCGUCACUAUGGUGCUGUCAGUUGUGAGGGAUGCAAAGGCUUCUUUAAAAGGAGUGUGAGGAAAAAUCUGACCUAUAGUUGCCGUAGCAACCAAGACUGUAUCAUCAAUAAACACCAUCGAAACCGUUGCCAGUUUUGCCGGUUAAAAAAAUGUCUCGAGAUGGGAAUGAAAAUGGAAUCUGUACAGAGUGAAAGGAAGCCUUUUGAUGUACAGCGUGAGAAACCAACUAACUGUGCUGCUUCAACAGAGAAAAUCUAUAUCAGGAAGGACUUAAGAAGUCCGCUAAUAGCAACUCCGACUUUUGUAGCAGAGAAAGAUGGAGCUAGAUCAGCUGGUCUUCUUGAUUCAGGGAUGCUUGUCAAUAUUCAGCAGCCAGUAAUACGAGAUGAUGGUACAGUGCUGCUGGCUACAGAUUCCAAGGCUGAAACAAGCCAAGGUGCCUUGGGAACACUAGCAAAUGUUGUAACAUCACUUGCCAGCAUCAAUGAGUCGCUUAAUAAUGGAGACACAUCAGAAAUCAAGCAAGAAGACCAAUCUGCAAGUGAGAUCACUCGGGCAUUUGACACUUUAGCUAAAGCACUUAAUACUGCAGAUGGUGCAGCAGCUCAGAAUGCAGAAGAUGGGAUGGACCCUGCAGGUGGUGGGAAUAUUCAUGUAAUCAGUAGGGAUCAGUCUACCCCGAUCAUUGAAGUUGAAGGACCCCUGCUUACAGAUACCCAUGUGACAUUUAAGUUAACCAUGCCUAGCCCAAUGCCAGAGUAUCUCAAUGUUCAUUACAUUUGUGAGUCAGCAUCCCGGUUGCUUUUCCUUUCCAUGCAUUGGGCGAGAUCUAUACCUGCUUUUCAAGCACUAGGGCAGGACUGCAAUACAAGUCUUGUGCGUGCCUGCUGGAAUGAACUAUUUACUUUAGGCCUUGCACAAUGUGCACAGGUGAUGAGCUUGUCCACUAUCCUGGCAGCUAUUGUCAACCAUCUGCAAAAUAGUAUACAAGAAGAUAAACUUUCCGGGGAUCGAAUAAAACAAGUAAUGGAACACAUCUGGAAACUUCAGGAAUUCUGUAACAGCAUGACUAAACUUGACAUCGAUGGAUAUGAAUAUGCUUACCUUAAAGCUGUAGUCCUUUUUAGUUCUGAUCACCCUGGUCUGACAAACUCCAAUCAAAUAGAAAAAUUCCAGGAGAAAGCUCAAAUGGAAUUACAAGAUUAUGUUCAAAAAACAUAUCCAGAAGACACCUACAGGUUAGCCCGGAUUCUUGUCCGCCUGCCAGCACUUAGACUGAUGAGCUCCAGCAUUACAGAAGAACUAUUUUUUACUGGGCUCAUUGGAAAUGUUCCAAUUGACAGCAUCAUCCCUUACAUCCUGAAAAUGGAGACUGCAGAGUAUAAUGGCCAAAUCACAGGAUCAUCUUCCUAGAGAAAGGACUGGUGAAUCUAGACAUCUCUGAGUAACCAUAAUUCACUGUUAAUGUGUACAGAUAUUUUCAACAUAUUUCAUGUUCUUGUUAGUUAUUUGUCUAUAUUCAAAAACACAAUAAGGACUUCUGUAAAAACCUUUUCUAGGACUCAUUUCUGUCAGAAGAAAUAUUUAAAUGUCUUUUUUGGAAAAGACUACAGUGCUGAACACAACUUUAAGAUGCUUUUACUUACACAUUGCUGGAGAGCAAAGAAACAAAAGGUUCUAUGACACCACAAUCUUCAUUAAAUAGCAUUGAAUUAGUAACCCCAAUUUCAACGGAAGAUUUGCAAGUUUAUGGUUGGCCUCCUCUCUCAAAAACCAUUGCUAAGACUUCCAGUUCAACAUUAUAUACACACACACACACAUACAGUACUGUGUUGAAAUGUAUUUGAAAAUUUUUCAAUGAAUAUUGAAAUUACUGGGGUUAUCUGCACUUUUCAAGUAUUUCUAGUUAAAUCUAUUACAUUGACAUUGUGCAAGCAGUGCCUUGUUUGUAUGAGCAGGGUAAAUGAAUCGUUGCAUUUAAACUACAGAUACAUGCUUGUGAUUAGUACAAACACAUGAAGAACUGUGGAAGACAAUCAUUUAUUCUAUGGAUUUAAAAUUGUAUGUGUUUAUUAGUCAUGUGAUCCUUCCAAGGAUAUUUCUAUACUAUUUUGAAAUUAAAGCCAGCUAAAUUAAUGUAAACAUUUACAGUUAACAUAAACAAAGCAUAAUAUUUAUGGCCCAUCUGUCAGCUUAAUAGAUGGUAUAAAACUUAAUUCACAUUGGUAAACAAUAUACUAACAUUUCAUUUUUUAUCAUGGAAGAUUAUUCAAAUUUUAUAAGGUUCCGCAACUGCCUGUACUACAAUUUGCUAGUUUGGGGAGUUUUUUUAAUGUUGUGCAUUCAUCACACUUUUAGUAAUAGUUGUGUUCUCAUUGUUACCUAUGUAUACACGGUAAUUUCAAAGCUCUUUCCUCUAAGUAUUAGGAAAAACAUCCUGACAGCAAGAGCUCACAGAAUAGGCUGCCUUAAAGUAUGAUGGAGUCUCCUUCUGUGGAGGUUUUUAAACAGGUUUUAGACAAUUUUUCUAAUGUCUUGCAACCUGUGUGUCAUAGCCUGAACCAUUGAUGCUAUUAUUCCUAUGCAGACAUGAUACAUGGGGAGAGGAGGGGAUUGAAUGUCUCUGUUGUCCCCUACCCCCCCCCCCCACACACACACACACAGACACACAAUUAUGUGUGUUUUAGAUGGCAUUGUCUGUACUGACAUUUUCAUGCUGUAGUUAAAUUUGAAAUUGAAAAUGUAGCAGUUGCCAUCAACUUAGACAGCUUUAAAAGAGGAUUAAACAAAUCUACUAAAGCUUAUCAUGGCAGCCAGUUAUGUUGAGUAUUUAUUAAAAUCCAGGAUUAGAAAUGAUAUGCCUCUGAAAUCCAGUUGCUAAAGAAUAUAAGUGGGAGGGAGCCAUUCCGUUCCUGUCCUGUUUAUAGGCUCCCUGUUGCCAUCUGUUUGGCCAUGAUUCGGACGGAAUGCUGUUGGUCUGAUCCAGCAUGACUUUUCUUUAGAGAAAACACAUAUAAAUAACAGUCUUCUUAGUUAUUUUCAUACAUUCCAGGAUAUAAGAGAUUUUAUUUGUACACCAAAAUCAUCUCUGUGUAGGAAAAUACCAUGAAUGAAGGGAACAAUAAGAGAAGCUUAUGAGAAUCUAAAUGUAAUUGAAGGGAUAAGAAAUAUGUCCUCUGUCUUGGCAUUUCAUCAUGUGUUUUUAAGCUGACUGUUUUUGGUUUGUUCUCUAAUUUUUAAUGUGAAAUAGUAUGCCUUUUCUUUGUUUCAAACUGGUCACAGGAAAUAAUUUUAUGCAGUCAUUUUAAACUGCCGUUAGUUUGAAAGUAUAUUCCAACAAGUCUUUAUUAAACAUUCGGGUAGCAUCAGAGGUCCUUAAGUUAGAUCCAGAUACAAUUUUGUUUAUACCUUCUAAGGCUAUUUAUUAAGCACACUUACUUGGAAUCAAGUUUCUCGGAAAAAAGUAGGACUUAACAAAUAUACACAUAGGCUAAAAGCAUCAACAUUUAAAACAGAUGCACUGUAUAGUUUGUAUGUUGUAUGUUGCUGCGGGCUGUGGCGCAGCUGUUGAGCAGCUGCCUUAAAUCACUCUGACCAUGAGGUCAUGAGUUCGAGGCCAGCCCGUGGCGGGGUGAGCACCCGUCAAUUAAAAAUAAAAAAUAGCCCCUGCUCGUUGCUGACCUAGCAACCCGAAAGAUAGUUGCAUCUAUCAAGUAGGAGAUAAGGUACCACUAAUAAAAGUGGGGAGGCAAGAAUAACUAAUUUACGACCUGGUAUGAGGAAGUGCCGUCAGUGUGGAUGAUGAAGCAGCUGCUCCCCCCUGUGGCCAGAAUCGAACAUCCCCUCAGAAGAACGUUAACUUGCCUCUGCGUGUGUCUCUCAGUCUCUGUUUGAUGUGUUUAUGGGCAUUGAAUGUUUGCCCUAUGUGUGUUAUAAUGUGAUCCGCCCUGAGUCCCCUUCGGGGUGAGAAGGGCGGAAUAUAAAUACUGUAAAUAAAUAAAUAAUAAAUAAAUCUUAACUGCAAUCCCAAGUGAAUGUGUAAUUAUGUAAGGCUGAAGCCUCAGUAAAUCACAGUAACACUUGUGUAGCAACUGGCAAGCAAUUACAUAUGAUUUCCCCCGAGAGUUCAUCACGCUCUGAGAAUAGGAGGGUUUUGAAUAUAGUUUGCUAUUAAUUCACAAGUCUGUAGGUAUAAUGUUUCUUCCAAAUCAAUUCAUAACAUAGUUAUGGGGCUGGGGAAUGCCAUUGGAGGGGGAAAAACGGACAUUUCAUAAUGUUUGCCCAAGCUCUCAAGCGCAAUUAAAAUAGUGCUUUAGAUCCUGGUCAUGUUUGUGUAUAUGAUGUUUAUGUGCUAGGAUCGAACUUUGUCUAAUAUAUUAUGUACAGUGUAAUAUAAAGUGUGUAUGUAUGUAUAUAGAAAUAUGUACAGUCAUGUAAUCAUAAAUAUCAAACUUCUAUAUGUUGAAAAUAUUAUAAAUGCAUUGCAAAUCUUGAGCUUCCUAAAUUUUAUUUCAUGCUCCAAGCUCAGUUCUGAUAUAAUCAUAUGCAUUCCCACUUUCCUCAGGAAAGAGGGAACCUGUUUUUAAACCCAGGAUGUAUUUGCACUUUGUCUUAAAUUCAGAAAGAAACUAUUUAAUAGUUCUGCAUCUCAUUUCUAAAUCCAUAAAAGCCCUGUUGACAUGAAUGGACAUUGUGCAGUGACAGUGUUCAAGGGGAUUCAACCUGUGGACCAUGAACAUUUCUGUAUAUUCUCAGCACACGUAAGAGGUGCUUUUUCUACUGUUCUGAAAGACGUUGUUUUAUACAAUACUUUUUUUAGCAUGUGAAACUGUAUUUCUAAUGUCUAUAACCCCCUAGAAGUUGAGGCUGUCACACAACAGACUCCGUAGUUUUAUAACGACACUGUCUUAUCAGUGCAAUAUGUAGUGUCAUAAAUAUCCAUAUGAACUAAAUCUUAUAUGAUUCUGUUAUCAUUUCUGGCAGUAAGAAAACUUACUGAUAAAACGAUUUUGUUUGUUUAAAUAUCAGUUUUGAAUGGACAGUUUUUAAGUACAUUGCAUAUUACUGACCCAAAGGAAUUUUAUUAUACAAAUAAUGAAGACUUUAGGAGAAAUGUUAAGUAAUUGUGGAGUAGGGAUUGCCAACUUGUUGGACUGCAGUUCCCAAUAUCCCUUACCAUUCUCUCUACUGGCUAAGGCAGUUAGACGUUGCUAUUCAACAACAUCUAGAACAGUGAUUCUCAACCUGUAAGUCCACAGAUACUUUGGCUUUCAACUCCCAGAAAUCCUAACUUCUGGAAAACUGGCUGGGAUUUCUGGGAGUUGUAGACCAAAACACCUGGGGACCCACAGGUUGAGAACCACUGGUUUAGAGUGUUGUUAGUUGUCUAUUCCAGUGCUAAAAUAAGAAGCUGGUGAUGACAGGCAAUGUUCUUUUUUUCCCCUUCUGUAUUGUUUAUAUAGUUUUGCCUGUCUUUUUUUCUGUAGAAAAAUAAUCUUGAUUCCAAAUGAGAUAUUUUGAUCACCCAUGACAAUUUUACAUAUGUGUAAUUAUCCAGAAUGGAAUAUUUGAAAUAUUCAUAAACAUCCUGAGAGAAAACUUACCAUACUAAUUAGUUUUCUUCAGCUAACCUUUUGUCAAGUAAAUGAAGGGCAAUAUUCUUCUGCAGAAUUGUUUCUGAAGACUUCAGCAGUCCUGUUUCUCCCUCUCUGGUGUGUAUAUGCAUAGGCUGUAUGUCAGAGCUUCGAGAGUAUGCAAAGUCUGUUUGUACACCUCCAGCUUGAACAACAUGGAGAGAAAGGGACAGGCAGAUUCCCACUUUCCCAUAAGGUCUUGACACUUUUUAUAAACCUUUCCAGGGAGAAGCAGGUAAACUUACUUUUUGAGUUCAGUGAGGAUCACUCUAGAUAGCAUAGACAUUACAUCUGAUUAGUUGUCAGAAAACAAUGUUUUCUGUUUCUUCAUGGUAGUCACACCAUGAUCUUAAAUAGUGUAUGUUUUGCUGGAAGCAGUCCAAGCUUUUCAAAUGUGGGAUGUGUGUUUGAACUACAUUUUCUAAGAUUAGCCUUGGUGAAUACAGCAGUGCUGCCAAUAAAAAUGUGUAGCCUAACAGACAUUUCUAUAGUCUUAUAGAGGUUCCAUAAAGAAUGUGAAAAUGUGGAGCGUAUUUCUUUAAAAAUGCCCCAUUCAGAUGUUUGGGAACUCAUCGGAUAUACUGUCCAGUCUCCAUAGCAUAUUUAAAAAUAUUUUUUGUUUCAUCUGUAGAUCAUAUGAAGCAUUUUUGCUAAUAAAACUCCAUUGUUUGGAGGUUCUCCAUUGUAAACUUAUCAUAAAGGUUCUCUUUCAGUGUAAUCUAUAUAUGCUUACUCAGAAGUAAGCCUGAUUAAAUUUAAUAGCACUUAUUUCCAGGUUGAGUGUGUAUAUAGGAUUACAAGAUUAGUAUCAGUACCCAUUGCUUGUUUUUAUAUUUAAAAAUGAAUGUAAAAAGAAUUUUCCAAUUUUGAUAGUUCCUUAAUCAGUUAAGAAAAAUAACUGUUUUUAAAAUCUUUCUGUUUUGAAUUUCCAAUAUUGGAAAGUUGUGUGAUACAUCGUUUUAGUAUAAAAUUAUCUCCCCCUCCCCAUGCUCCCACACUGAAGGUACUAAGCUGGUAUCUGAUUCUGGUUCCAUGAAUAAUUUAAGCUGUUUUAAGAAACAAAUAUAAUUUUUUGCUUUCUGUUUUGGAGCUUGGUAGGGGUUGAGAAGUUUAAAAAAAAUCAAAAUGUUAAUCUUACAAAAGGACUGGAGGAGCUUGGUGGGUCUAUUAUUCAAAUACUUUCCACGUCCAUGAAACUCGUGUGUUGCCAGGUUAUGUGUUAACCAACCACUAAUUCUAAACAUAAUGUAAUUGUCUUUGUUCGUACUAGUUUUAUAAAUAAAAAAUCCUCUUCAUUAUUAACCCAUUCUAUACUAUUGUAUGUAUUUGGAAAAUCCCGCCGGCUCAAAGCUCCUAUCAAAUUAAAUAUAUUUUCCACAAGAGGAAUUGUCUGUGAUAAUUCCAUGGGGUAUAUUUUGUAACCUUGUUCUUUUUAUUGUUUAUUAAAAUAUUGUUCGAAUAUUUCUUUGGAUUUUAGGUUCAAAACCUGAAAUUGCUGUUGCUCCCACAGUUUGUGAAACCAUUUUUUGUAAAUGUGAAGGCAUUUAAAAUAGCAUGUUCCUUUUUUAUCUGAAUUUUAUAUCUAAUCAAUGUCUUCAGUCAUGAAGAGAAAUUGCAUUGUUGUGUGUGUAUAUAAAGUAUUGCAGUGCAUGCUUAUGCAUUUCAUGAAAUGCUGUGUAAAUGUGGCAUUAUAUUGUUGUGGCUUAAUAUUGCUACCUACAGGAGAUUUAUACUAUUAAAAUAAAUAAAGACUCUUA